AUGCCGCGGUUCCUCUAUCUGUGUCUCGGGCUCCUACUGGUUCGAGUCUCCCGUGAGCUGAACGACAUUAGCAGAGCCAGGAGAUUGUGCGGCCGGCAUCUACUGCAUGAGAUAGUAAAACUCUGUGGCGAUGUUAACUGGAGCCACGUUGAGAAGGAAAAGCCUUUCACACAGCUGCUUUCCCAGGCCUCAGAAAAGGUUGAAAGCUUCAUUCCUGACCGGUCAGAAAGCUCCCAAACCACUUUUCCGGUCUGGAGGAGAGCGACAAACCCAGUCCCUACUUCUGCCUCUCAGGAAGAAGCAAUAAACAAUAUGAAGAUGCAGUCACUGCCUGAGUAUCAGUAUAAAAAGGCCAACUUGCCUUUUAAGACAAGACAAGAGGAAUCUUCCUCAUCACAAGAUAUCAGUCCAUAUAUUCAUGAGAUUAUAGAAUUUCAAAAGAAAAAUACAAACAAAAUCAAAACCUUAAGCAAUUUGUUUUGGGGGAAUCAUCCCCAAAGAAAACGCAGAGGAUACUCAGAGAAAUGUUGUCAGAAGGGAUGUACAAAAGAAGAACUUAUUAUUGCAUGCCUUCCAUAUAUUGAUUAUGAAAACUUAAGGAAGCAUCAGCAGUUGUGACUGAGAUAUACUAACCAUCAUGAGACUUACACUAACUUAAUAAAAAGCUUAAU